GGGCGUGUAUCCGCGGCCGUAGCAGCCGGGCUGGUCCUGCUGCGAGCUGGCGGCCCGGAGUGGGGCGGCGGGUAAGUGGGAACGAACGCGGUGGACGCUGUACAGUCGCCUUCGUCGGUAGGGAACUGCUGGCGGCCUAGGGGUCGUCCUGAGAGGGAAAAGUGGGCUCCGGCUGCAUCUGCGGCGCCCUGCGUGGCCGUAAGAGCCAAGUGGCCUCAGAGGCUCGCCCCCUACGCAAAUCCUGGCUGUCUUGCCAGGGUCCUGGUCCUGAUGUGACGUGCGGCCGCGAGAAGGAAGGGGCGGGUUGGGGGAGGUGCUGAGGUGGUAGCAGCGGCGGCCUUUGCUGAGUUUUCUCUGGCCCAGAGCGCUCGGGCUGUCGGUCUAGCAGGGGGGACUCCCCUGAGGGGCCGCUGCGGGUCGCCCUCUUCGGAGGCACCGGCGAGGGCAGAGCCAACAGCCUCUUCACGGUCUGUAAGGUCAUUGUUUGCCAGUCGUGGGCAGCGCGGCAAACCUGCUGGGAAAAGGUUUUCUGGUUGGAAUAGGAUGAGUACCGCACCAGCUUUGCCUUCCAGCUGAGAUGUAAAUUUCAGGCCUCCAUCCUGUGGAACGUGGGAAAACUAUCUUGAGUGUUGGCAUGUUCUAAGUAUGACAUAAUAGUUUAAUGUAUGAUAAAUCAUGGGUGUUUAGACGAAAGAUUUACACAUAUAAAUUGGAGGCUUUAGCGGUCUUAGUGUAACUAACUUUUCGUCCCCUUAACCCUUGAUGCCUGUUCUAUGGGUCUCUAGAGCGGAAGGAGCAUUAUACUCCGGAAACACUUGCUGGAAGGGGUUAUGAGAAAUUCCUCUCUGUAUGCUAACUCCGUAAUACAAGCGUUUGUGUAUUUUAAAAUCACAGCUGUUCCAAAUAUAAUCUAGCCUCGGUUUCCCCCUCCGUCGGAUGAUAGGUGUUCUUCAGGACAGUUUUAUUUUAAGCAAUUCUUAGCCUCAAGUAAACACCAUCAUUAAAAGAACUGAGAACUAUUAUCAAUUCUUCCUUUGGAGUCCAUCUUCAAUGGAAAGGAGAAGGGAAAACCUUUUUUAAAAAGAAGAAAGAAAACUGAAGUUUUUGAUUUGACUAGAGAAAUAUUCAGAAGACUCCUUAUUUUCACCUAGUUUAAUCACAAAAUUGAGAAACAAACAUUAUCCCUUGACCAUGUAAAUUUUACACCACAUUAUGUCAACAGCAUGUACCUUCCACAUUGAGUAUUCAGAAAGAAGUGAUCUGAACUCUGACCAUUCUUUAUGGAUACAUUAAGUCAAAUAUAAGAGUCUGCCUACUUGACACACUGGCUCGUCAAAUGUUGAAGAUUCUUUACUGCUGUCAUCAGCAUCUACAAGUAGCAUAUUUUGGAUGGUGUUGGUGUGCUACUUCAAAAUAACUAGGAAAAAAUAAUCCUCGCAACACAGAGCAAACAUGAAUGUUGGAGUUGCCCACAGUGAAGUGAAUCCAAAUACCCGUGUCAUGAACAGCCGGGGUAUGUGGCUGACAUAUGCAUUGGGAGUUGGCUUGCUUCAUAUUGUCUUACUCAGCAUUCCCUUCUUCAGUGUUCCUGUUGCUUGGACUUUAACAAAUAUUAUACAUAAUCUGGGGAUGUACGUAUUUUUGCAUGCAGUGAAAGGAACACCUUUCGAAACUCCUGACCAGGGUAAAGCAAGGCUCCUAACUCAUUGGGAACAACUGGACUAUGGAGUACAGUUUACAUCUUCACGGAAGUUUUUCACAAUUUCUCCAAUAAUUCUAUAUUUUCUGGCAAGUUUCUAUACGAAGUAUGAUCCAACUCACUUCAUCCUAAACACAGCUUCUCUCCUGAGUGUACUAAUUCCCAAAAUGCCACAACUACAUGGUGUUCGGAUCUUUGGAAUUAAUAAGUAUUGAAAUGUUUUGAAACUGAAAAAAAAUUUUACAGCUACUGAAUUUCUUAUAAGGAAGGAGUGGUUAGUAAACUGCACUGUUUCUGUGAUAAUGUGAAAUGAGAAGUAUUUACAUUGUAGGGCCAAUGGCUGGUCCUUCAAGUGCUGUUUUGAAGUGCAGAUUUCCAUUAAAUGAUGCCUCUGUUUAAUACACCUGGUACAUUUCUGAAGAGGGGCUUUAUAAGCAGGCUGGGCAGGCCCAGCUUAUAAGUUAAAGGGCAUCACAGUGAGGGUGUAGUAGAUAAAUUCAAGGAAAUAAGAGAUUUGUAAGAAACUAGGACCAGCUUAACUUAUAAUGAAUGGGCAUUGUGUUAAGAAAAGAACAUUUCCAGUCAUUCAGCCGUGGUUAUUUAAAGCAGACUUACAUGUAAACCGGAAUCCUCUCUAUACAAGUUUAUUAAAGAUUAUUUUUAUUACCGUACAUAUUUCUCUUGUUUUAUGUAAGAGGAUGUAUAUCCUCUUGUUUUAUACAAGCCAGUUCCCACUUAUGAGGGUACUUUUUUGGUUUUGCUGACUUAAUAUUGUGUAUUGGUCAAUGAGGCCAUUUUUACAUUUAUUACGUUACAGAAUUCAUGGAGGUUCACCUUUGUGACUGAUUGGUGAUAAAAGAUAGCCAAGUAUCUUACAAGCAGCCUCUGAGUCAAGUGUUCUAAUUUUGGAACAAAGCGGGUUUUACUGCUUUUCCAGACACAAGGCUGCUAAACCAAUUAAGAAAAUAAUUUAUUUCUUUCAAGCAACUAAAAAAUAUAUGGUAAUUUAAAGGUGUCUGCUUAUUUGGUUGAACAAUUUAAUUGGGAAAGUUUGUCAUCAUUUGAAAAAGGAAAUAUAAAAGGAACAACCAUAUAGCCGACCUGUGGUCUGGCAGAAACAACGUCUCUAGCAAUAGUACCAAAGUAAGUAAUGGAGUCUUUUUUGGCAGGUCUGCAGUAAAAGAUAACAUUUUCUUUUCUUAGUCCUCCUGCUCUCAACCCCAAUAUUUUGCCCAUUAAUAUUUUGCCUUUGAAUAUGUGGGUUUUAGUAUAUAUAGCCCAAAAUGGUAACUGUCUCCAGAACAGCAACCACAUUGAAUUCUUGUGACUUCGGAAAGCUUCUUAUAGUUGCUGACAUUAAUUGCAAGAAAUAACUAUAUACUACUUUGAGAAGUAAACAUGUCAAAAAAAACAAAGUUCAGAUAUGGGACAAAAUUUAAAAAUUCAGUAACAUUUAUAAACAGAAUUGAAUGAAAAGAGUUACAGACCAACUUAAACAUCAAUUCGUGUCAGUAAACUGACUUUUGGGGGUAAUGAUCAUUGUUUUGUAUCUCAAAAGUAUUGAGUUUAGAAAUCAGUUGUAUGAUACUACCUUUGUAUGUCUGUCUUUUCCCGUGUAUUUUUAAAUAACUGGUGAUCUAUAAUUUAAUAAAAUUUUUCUUUGGUGUAA